GUGUGAUUGGCCGACGGUGGCCAUGUUCGCGUUACCAGCUGUCUAGAUGUGUGCUAGCUAACCUGUUAGCUGUCUGAGGUACAUUUGCCUCUUUAUUCGGGGUAAAAUUAAAGAACAGCCCCUCCACCCCGUUAACACCGGCUCGGGAAGUCGCAAUGCCGGUUCACUCCCGGGAGAAGAAAGAAAGUAACCACGAAGAAAUGGAGGUGGAUUUUCCCGAACAUGACGGCAGCAGCACAGACGAGGAGGACACCGUUAGCUCGUCCGUGUCAGAAGAUGGAGACAGCUCGGAGAUGGAUGAUGAGGACUGUGAGAGGAGGAGGAUGGAGUGCCUGGAUGAGAUGACCACCCUGGAGAAACAGUUCACUGACCUGAAGGAGCAGUUGUACAAGGAGCGUCUGAGCCAGGUGGACAUCAAGCUGCAGGAGGUAAUGGCUGGCUGUGCCCAAGAGUACCUGGAACCUUUAGCCAACUUGCAGGAGAACAUGCAGAUCAGGACCAAAGUUGCUGGGAUCUACAGGGAGCUGUGCUUGGAGUCUGUGAAGAACAAGUAUGAGUGUGAGAUCCAGGCUGCCUGCCAACACUGGGAGAGUGAGAAGUUGCUGCUGUUUGACACUGUGCAGAGUGAACUGGAGGAGAAGAUAAGAAGAUUGGAGGAAGACAGACACAGUAUUGACAUUACCUCAGAGUUGUGGAACGAUGGAUUGCACUCACGGAAAAACAAGAAGAAAGACCCAUUCUGCCCUGUUAAGAAGAAGAAGCCUGUUGUUGUUUCUGGGCCUUAUAUUGUUUACAUGCUGCAAGAUCUUGAUAUUCUCGAAGACUGGACCGCAAUAAGAAAGGCGAUGGCAUCACUGGGGCCACAUAGGGUGAAGGUGGAUGUUCCUGCAGUCAAGCCUGACAGACAUCACCAUGUGGCACGCUCCGAGGACGGUCGACUUUUCUAUGACAACCAGUGGUACUGCAGGGGACAGGCCAUCUGUAUCAACAGGAAGGACGAGUACCCGACUAGUGCCAUCAUCACAACCGUCAACAACGAUGAGGUGUGGUUCAAACGACUGGAUGGCACCAAGUCAAAGCUUUACAUCUCCCAGCUGCAGAAAGGCAAAUACACUAUCAAGCACUCAUAAAACACACUUUAACACACUUUAACACAUACAGGCAAAGACCAUCAUCUCUGCUGUUUUUCUUUUUGUCUCCUUUCCGUGUGCUAUCUUUCUACAUUCUUGCCAUAUGUACAGUCAGUCACACACACACACACACACCUCACUUCACUCCCUCUGUGUAUAAGCAACAAAAGGAAAAAAGAAACUGUCUAAAAACAAACUAAUAUCAACUGACCCACUUAGUCUAAGGAGACGAUCUUCUCUGUAAAUAUGUAUGUAUGUUGAUAUUAUUGACAAGGUCACAAAGUGUCAUUUUCUCUGGACCGGAGAUCAAUGCAAAGUGCUGCUAAAAAACCGAAGGGCGAAGAACUGGAGCAGUAGCGAACUGUGAACUGCGGAGCUCAGUCGCGUGCCUUUCUGAGACAAGAUGAUGCCUAGGCUGAUGUGGGGGGGAGUCCUGAACUAUUAACCAUUAUCAAUGCAGUGAAGCCUUACUUUGUACUGUGUUAGCACCAAGAGGACUGAAGCGGGUCAAUUAAUGAGUGUGUGAGAAACCCUGAUCCAGGUGAGGAUGCCGUCAGCAGGGUGUUUGAUUUGCCUCUCCGGUCGCACCGGUUAGAUUUGAAUUUCAUGCUCUAUAGAGCCUAAUACAUCUGUAUUAGGAUCCCCAGGGACACCAUUUUGAGAAAAUGUUUGAUUUAGUAAAAACUAAAUUGCACAAGUGUCAAUAUGGAGAUAGAGAAUGAUACAAUCAAUUUUGAGUAAAUGAUUAUAUUGUGAACAAGAACACCCCAGGGUUUUGUUGAAAUCCACUUGGGGAGCUACUGUACUAAUUGAUUUCUUGAUGUUUUAGUGUAAUUCUCACAGCAAUAUAUUUUAGGUUCAAUCCAAGGCCAGCCCCAUGCGCUAAGCAAAACAUAAACACAAAACAGACAGUAAUGGGAGGUGCCCUGUAUAUAGAGAUGAGGGUGUGUUUUGUGUUUACUUCACUGUGAUUCUUUCCUCUGUCUCCUAUCAUGUUGCCAUGUGUCUGAUAGUGCCUGGAACUUAACCCUGAAGGCAGGAUCCAGGUUUAAGUUGGUGUGGAGUGUAUCUUUGUCUGUGUUGGUGGGCUCACAACGGCCUCAAAUUUAUAAUUCAUGGUGCCAUUUUUCAGUUAUUUGUCUUUAUUGAGCCCGUUUUGUGUGUGCUAUGAAUAAAAUAGCUGAAAGGUUUGGUUAUUAAGUCCUGCAGUAUAAAUGUUACACCUCUGAAAAAUCAAAAGUAUCUCCUGUUCCCUGUCCUCCCGUCUUGUCUGUGUUCCUCCUUCUCAACAGUCACUUCUCUUUCCGUAACCCACUUUGUCUUCCUCCUUGCUGUCAGUAAAAAUGUUCCUCCACAUUGACAUAUUAACAGUACAAUGAGAAAGCAAGGUUAAGGGAUAUUUUUUUUUGUGUACAAUCCGUCCAAUUGACCAGUCUGUGUAUUUGGAAAAUCUGUAUUUAUGCAUUAUGGUUCCUUUUCCACAAAAAAGAAAAACAUGACAUUGUGCUAAUGCAUGUGCAGCUGAUUAAAGAUUUUGUUUGUAUCAUUG